CGUCUUACACAUCUUUUGUUCCAAGGUUGUAGUAGUUGGCAUAUAUCUCUAUGCGCAUGAGGUAAAGGCCAUCCGGAGCCUGUCAUUUGCGAUGUUCCACAUCUUCCUCAAACGCGCAGAAUCCCUCUGCGAAACGUUAUUGCCCGAUACAUCAAAAUGAAUUCUAUUACCCUCUCGACCAAGGACGCCUCCCAUCUCACGCCCCGUCCUUCACCAAAGUCACCCUUCAAGUCUUGCAGCCGGUCGCAUCAUCGCACACCCGGCUAUGGCCAGGAGCAAGUCGCUGCCAACAAGCGCGCCACCAGUAAUAACAAUGGGACAACCCAACCGUUUCAACCGUCUCCGCAACCACAACCACACUCCUCAGGCGCCGCCAGACAAUGGGUCGUCGGAUCCAAAGUCGGCAAGCUCAACCGCAGCACCGCCAGAGUAGGCUUCUGGCUUGACGGGGUCACUUACAACAACGCCGAGUGCCGCGGCGCGCGCCCUUCGGUGGCUCUGGCACAUCGGCCACGACGCGUCAGCCAAGGCCGGAAACCAACAACAACAACACCCUCCAUGGCGUCUUGGCAUACCAAGUCCCGUCAUGUCCAUGAUAUCACCACCAGGAUAUCCAGCUGCGCGCAGCGGAUUCCCCUCGCGGACAUCACGCCGCCAGCAAGCUUUGACACAGACGACGACGGCGCGUUGGUUCCACCACCAGACGUUACCAUGGUACAUACCGGUACUGGUAACGAGCUCCCAGCGCGAUAUCGCACGCCGUCUCUCCCUGCCGCCAUCGACUUGCUGACGGACGACGAGGCGCGACGGCUGCUGCUGCGGGCCGCCCAGGCGAAUCUGUCCCUGGCCGCGGCGAUUCGGCAGGUUGCGCUGACGAGGGCGGACAACGCUGUCUGCAGGACGCGGGCGGUGGAGCCAAUUAGGCAGGACUCGCGGGAGAGCUUCCUGGUCGAUACUUUUGUGGAGGAGGAGCCUUUGUUGAAUGGUGGCUAGUAGCGGGCGGAAAUCGGAUGUAGUAGGAGUGUUCAUUAGUAAAUUUCUGGAAUGACGGAUAGCUGUAGAUUGGUAUGAGCAGCAUCGGACAGAAGACAGAAAUCGUAACACCUGGUUCUUCAUGACACGAUCCAAGGCUAUGGCGGAACCAGGGACCCGGCACAGGCAACGGAUCCUUCAAUCUAACCACAUUUGUCAGCUUUGCUUGA